UAUGUAUUUAUUUUUCUCUUUUCAUUAAGGAAAGCAAAACGGGAGAAAGAGAACCUAUGGCAGGAAAAUGUCCGAAAGGAGGAAGAAGAGAAAAAAAAGCGAUUACAGGAAGAGCGAAUGCAGGAAAAAAUUCAGGAAGAAAAACAAAAAGCUGAGGAGGCAGCUGCCCAAGUGAGAGAGAGGGAGUUCCAGUUGCAAAAAUUGGCUGAGGAGAAACAUGAGGAGGAGAGGAACAAGCUAGCUGAGAUUCAGCGAGAAACAGAACAACAAAGGAAGAGACAACUGGAAGAAGACAAAAGGAAACAAGAACAGAUUGCAAAAGAAGCUGAGGAGAGGCGUAAACAGCAUGAAGAAGAGAAGAGAAGAAAAGAUGCAGCCAACCUACAAGAGUCAGAGAAACACACUUCAAAAUUAAGCUUAAAUGAGAAAUUUGCAGACUUGCUGAAACAGACUGAGGGCAAAAAUCUUAAGCCUACGUGGAGAAGUGAAGGUAAUGUAGUUAGUGCCACAGAAUCUAGGAAUUCAGCUCUCUUGGUGAAUUACAGAGCUUUAUACUCAUUUGAAGCAAGGAAUAAUGAUGAGAUGAGUUUUAAUUCUGGGGAUGUAAUUCAGGUUGAUGAGAAAACAGUGGGAGAGCCUGGCUGGCUAUAUGGGAGCUUUCAAGGUCGUUUUGGCUGGUUUCCAUGUAACUAUGUAGAAAAAAUAUCAGAAAAUGAAAAAGCUUUAUCUCCUAAAAGGGCCUUACUUCCUCCUACAGUAUUUUUGUCUACUACCUCAGCUUCUCCAGAACCACUUUCACCAAGUAGAUCAGCAGAAGACACUGAUUACCAAAACGUACCUUUCUCAAGCCUAACUGUUAACUCAACAUGGCAGAAAAAAUCCGCUUUUACUCGUACUGUGUCCCCAGGAUCUGUUUCUCCUGUUCAUGGACAGGGACAAGCUGUGGAGAAUUUAAAAGCACAGGCACUUUGCUCCUGGACUGCAAAAAAAGAUAACCACUUGAACUUUUCAAAAAACGAUGUAAUUACUGUGCUGGAGAAGCAGGAAAACUGGUGGUUUGGAGAGGUGCAUGGAGGAAGGGGAUGGUUUCCUAAAUCCUAUGUCAAGAUCUUGCCUGGAAAUGAAAACAAACGAGAGGAACCCGAAUCUAUUUAUGUAGCUGUAAACAAGAAGCCUAGUACACCAUCUUAUACAAUUGGAGAGGAAUAUGUUGCACUCUAUUCCUAUACAAGCGCCGAACCUGGUGAUUUGACUUUUGCUGAAGGAGAAGAAAUACUAGUCACUCAGAAAGAUGGAGAAUGGUGGACAGGAAGCAUUGCUGACAGAACUGGAAUCUUUCCAUCAAACUAUGUCAAACCUAAGGAUCAAGAUGGUUCUGGUACUGCUGGCAGAACUGUGACACUAAAUAAGAAACCUGAGAUUGCCCAGGUGACUACAGCAUAUGCUGCAUCAGGGACGGAACAGCUUAGUCUGGCUCCAGGACAGCUGAUACUUAUUCUGAAGAAAAACCCUAGUGGAUGGUGGCAAGGAGAGUUACAGGCAAGAGGGAAAAAGAGGCAGAAAGGAUGGUUUCCUGCCAACCAUGUUAAAUUGUUGGGUCCAAGCAGUGAGAGAACUACUCCUGCUGCUCUCUCAGUAUGUCAAGUGAUAGCAAUGUAUGAUUAUGCAGCAAACAAUGAAGAUGAGCUCAGUUUCUCCAAGGGGCAGAUCAUUAAUGUACUGAGCAAAGAUGAUGCAGAUUGGUGGCAAGGAGAAAUCAGUGGUGUGACAGGUCUCUUUCCUUCAAACUAUGUGAAGAUGACCACAGACUCUGAUCCAAGCCAACAGUGGUGUGCUGAUCUCCAGACUCUUGAUACUAUGCAACCAAUGGAAAGGAAAAGACAGGGCUACAUUCAUGAGUUGAUCCAGACUGAGGAGAGGUACAUGGAUGAUCUUCAGCUUGUCUUAGAGGUUUUCCAGAAACGAAUGGCUGAAUCAGGCUGUCUCACAGAAGAAGAAAUGGGAUUGAUCUUUGUUAACUGGAAGGAGCUCAUAAUGUCUAAUACAAAGUUACUUAAAGCCCUGCGUGUGCGUAAGAAGACAGGAGGAGAAAAAAUGCCUGUGCAGAUGAUUGGGGACAUCCUGGCUGCAGAGCUCUCUCACAUGCAGGCCUAUAUCAGAUUCUGCAGUUGCCAGCUCAAUGGAGCUGCAUUGCUGCAACAGAAAACAGAUGAAGAAACAGAGUUCAAAGACUUCUUAAAGAAACUAGCCUCUGACCCUCGCUGUAAAGGAAUGCCACUUUCCAGCUUUCUGCUGAAACCUAUGCAGAGGAUUACACGCUACCCUCUGCUCAUAAAGAGUAUUCUGGAGAAUACCCCAGAAAACCACCCAGAUCACAAUAAUCUCAAGCUUGCCUUGGAACGCGCAGAGGAGCUAUGUUCUCAAGUUAAUGAAGGUGUGCGUGAGAAAGAGAACUCAGACAGGCUGGAGUGGAUACAGUCCCAUGUACAGUGCGAAGGACUUGCUGAGCAACCGAUUUUCAACUCCAUUACAAACUGCCUGGGUCCCCGAAAGCUCCUGCACAGCGGCAAGCUCUACAAAACAAAGAGCAAUAAGGAACUGUACGGCUUCCUCUUCAAUGACUUCCUGCUCCUGACCUACAUGGUGAAGCAGUUUGUUUCUUCAGGGUCAGAUAAACUGUUCAGCCGCAAGUCCCACUCUCAGUUCAAAAUGUAUAAAAUGCCUAUUUUCCUUAAUGAAGUCCUAGUGAAAUUGCCAACCGACCCUUCAAGUGAUGAGCCAGUUUUCCAUAUCUCCCACAUUGACAGAGUCUACACGCUAAAAACAGACAAUAUUAAUGAGAGGACGGCCUGGGUCCAAAAGAUCAAAGGCGCAUCAGAGCAGUAUAUCGAAACUGAGAAGAAGAAACGGGAAAAAGCUUAUCAAGCACGCUCACAGAAGAGCUCAGGAAUAGGACGCUUGAUGGUACAUGUGAUUGAAGCCACAGAGUUGAAAGCCUGUAAACCUAAUGGGAAAAGCAAUCCGUAUUGUGAAAUCAGCAUGGGGUCGCAGAGCUAUUCCACCAGGACGCUGCAGGACACUUUGAACCCUAAGUGGAACUUCAAUUGUCAGUUCUUCAUUAAGGACCUUUAUCAGGAUGUGCUGUGUAUCACCAUGUUUGACCGGGAUCAGUUCGCACCUGAUGAUUUCUUGGGUCGCACUGAAGUUCCAGUAGCAAAAAUCAGAACAGAACAGGAGAGCAAGGGACCUACAACUAAACGUUUACUGCUGCAUGAGGUUCCAACCGGGGAGGUUUGGGUCCGCUUUGAUUUGCAGCUCUUUGAGCAGAAAACACUCCUUUAAGAAAACAUUUUUAUUUCACGAAGGACAAAGCUGACAGCUUGGCCACCUCCACCAGAGCUGAAAGCAUUUUACAAAUCAAUCACCCCCCCCCAAGCCAGUUACUGAGCAAGAAUUCCUGUUGCUGCAUCAUCUUCCUAAUUAUCCAUUGUAUAUGAUUUCUUUGCUGCGUCCUAAGUUGCUGGUGAUCUAUGCAAAUGCAAAAUUUACUGUAUAUAAGAUACUGUAGCUCAGUGCCUUUUUGUUGAUUAAUAUUGACAUUUUUGUUGUGUUCAGAUGCCAAUGUUUCUGUUUUCAGGGCCAUAAAAAGUAUUAUAGAGUAUCUUGGCAUCAAAUGUAUGUAUAUAUAAUGUUACCACUUAGUCUAACAUAUAGACCUAGGAAUGGUUUAGUUGAAGGCUAGAAUCAUUCCAUUUGAAAGCUGAAAAGUGAUAUCCACUGGAAUAUUCCCUUCUCAGGGUGUUAAUUAUAGGGAUUAAAUGCUGAAGCCUUCGCACUUGAGGAGGCUCUAAAAUGCUGUAUGUUCUUUUUUAAAAAAUAAUCAAAUACAGUUCUUUACUUGACACAGUUCUGCACUGAAUAAGAAAUUGCAACUUGAUUUGUCUUUCUGGUUCAGUUGUAUUAGUCAUUUCUGGCAGAGACAAUGUGGUUAAAAAGAGUAAGUAGAAAAAAUGAUUUAUUUUAAAUACUGUGUGCAACCUACAAUAAGGUGGAAGAAUAUUUUUCAACUUUUAAUUUUCCUAAAUUAUUUGUGUAAAAUUACUUGGUUUUGCAGAUCUCCAUGGGAUGUGCAUCUUUAUGCUUUGUCAUUGCCAACAUGUACAUACAGAGUGAAAAAUAUAAGUUUAUUAAUGUAAUUUGUCUACAUAUAUUUACUGAUGCAUAUUGAUUUUUUAAAAAUAUUUUAUUGUACAGGUGAAUGGGAAAUAAUGGGAAGUAACUUACAAGGACUAAAUUCAAGGAAAGACUAUUAAAAUGUAAAUUUUGUUUGGUAUGGGAACUGCUACUGCAGUAGGGGUUUGUAGAACUGAAAUUUGUUGCAAGCAAAAUCUUCCUCCCCACAUGAAAAUCAGGAAUGGUAAAAGGGAAUUUGUUUUUCAAAGUGUUUGACAAAUAGUAACCAUGUUAUUGCAUCCUGACUUUGCCUUGUGGACAUUUAAGCAUUGCAUUCAGUUCCAGACAAUGAGUGAAUUUGUAUCCCACAGGUGCUACAAUACCUAAUAAUGCCUAACAGAGUUUCAAACCUGAUUACCAGCCUGAAGGCUCUUUCUUUGCUGGACUUAAGUCAGACCCUCUGUUACUUUUAACAGUUUUCUGUGGUUCAAUUUUUCUAGUCCUAAAUAAAAAAAAAAAAAAAUCUUGGCAGCUUUUGAGAGAUUGUGUCUGUCUGAUUGAUGGGAAUCCAUGUUUAUUUUAUACAUCUUAAGGGGACAGCAUUUUGUUGUGAGAAAAUAAGGUGUGAUUGCCAAACCUUUGCAUUUUGUAUUUAAUCACAGCCUACCCCUAGUGAG